AUGGCGGGCUGUGAAUCUCAGAUCUAUCACGAGCGUCAACGACUACAGUUUUGCCUCUUGCACUCCCUUAACAAUCUAUUUCAGGACAAGGACGCAUUCACGAGAGAAGGCUUGGACUCAAUCUCGGAGAAUCUCGGGACCGAUGAUCCUUGCCAAGAAACGUGGACGCCUCUCACUUUACUCCUCAAGCCUCACCACAACACGCUUACCGGGAACUACGACGUAAACGUGAUGAUUGCAGCUCUUGAAGGAAAAGGCAAGAGUGUUGAGUGGCAUGACAAGCGUUAUGGAGCUUACUCGAUUAAUCUUGGUGCAGAUACUCUAAUGGGUAUCGUGUUGAACGUUCCGGUCACGCGAUAUGUGGGACUUUGGAGAAGCAGGCGUUGGGUUGUGAUGAGAAAAAUCAAUGGAGUAUGGUAUAAUUUGGAUUGUGAUCUUACUGUGCCACAUCCGUUUACAAGCGAAGAUGAAGUCAAGGGGUUCUUGGAUCAAAAUCUGAGUUUAGGUGGAGAGAUUUUGUUAGUGAACAAUGCUUGA